UCCUCUUGAAGCCUCCGGGGGUGAAGCAGUACACACAGAGACACACGCAUCCAACACAACCACCAGGAGGGAGCUCGAGAAUUGCGACUGCUCGGCUGUUUUCGCUUUUCGUCUUGGUUUUAUUUUAUGAGAAAUAAAACCAAGAACUCCUCUCAGGCAGGAGGCACAGGGUAAGGUCAAACCCUAUUUCCAUCAUGGAAGAAGUGGAGGUGGUUGAGGAAUAUAAAUACCUCAAUGUUCAUCUGGACAACAGACUGGACUGGAGAUGGAACAGUGAAGCAUCUAUAAGAAGGAACAAACCAGACUGUACUUCUUCAGGAAGCUAAGAUCCUUCAAGAUCAUGGACAGCUGCUGACAUCCAUUAUUACCUGGAGAUAAAAAGUGCCCCAGAGUUGUCGAAGUCACUGCAUUGUGCUCGGUGAAGGGCCUCAUCAUGGCCGCUCAUCGGAUCAGAGCCAACAACAAUACUUCUCUUCCUCGCUGCAAAUCGGAGGGGACACUCAUCGAUCUCAGUGAGGGAGUGUCAGAGGCUAGUCUGACAGAUGUCAAAGUGCCUUCUCCUAGUGCCUUACGACUGGAUACCACUGCUUCAUUUGGUGCUGCCAGGGAAGUUGUUGCCAUAAAGGACUACUGCCCAUCCAGCUUCACCACUCUCAAGUUCUCCAAGGGCGACCUCCUCUACGUUCUUGACUCAUCUGGGGGAGAGUGGUGGUAUGCUCACAACAAUACAGAGAUGGGUUACAUCCCCGCAGCCUAUGUGGAACCCAUCAACUACAGAGACUCAUCCUUCAGCGACAGCGGGAUGAUAGACACAAUAUCAGACUGUAACGAGGAGGGAGCUAAAGAAAUGGACCUGUUAGGAGAGUGGACAGGAGAAAUUCUAAAACCGACCACUUUUCAAAAUGGAAAUCCUUUUGCAGCAACCCAUAGCUCUACAAAUCCUUUUCUAAACAGGGGUGCUCAGAGUUCCUUUGAUCAGACAAUAAAAGAGAAAUCAGUUGACCUUCUUCUGUUUGAUACAGUCUCUUCUUCUGGCCCUAAUUCUACCAGAAACACUGGAGACCAUGGUUUUUCCAGCUACGUCUUUAGUUUGAACACUCUUAGUCCCACUGUGGUUGUGGGGCAAACAUUUCAAAGAGACAACCCGUUUUUUAGAAGCAAGCGUUCCUACAGUCUGUCUGAACUGUCCAUCCUUCAGGCUCAGACAGAAAUUCCUCAAGCCUCCAACAGUUUCUUCAGAGGUCUCACAGCGCCUGCACCCGAGCAGUUCCAGACCAGGGAGGACUUCCGUGCAGCGUGGCUCACCCAUCGCAAGUUGGCCAGGUCCUGCCAUGACCUGGAUUCACUGGGUCAGAACCCAGGCUGGGGUCAAACACAGCCAGUAGAAACCAACAUUGUCUGUCGCCUGGACAGCUCAGGAGGAGCAGUGCAGCUUCCAGACACCAACAUUAGCGUCCUUGUACCUGAGGGCCAUGUGGCAGCAGGGGACACACAACAAAUCUCAAUCAAAGCUCUGCUCGACUCACCACUUGAACUGAACAGUGAUCGCUGUACCACUGUCAGCCCUGUGGUAGAGAUCAAACUCAGCAACAUGGAGACAAAAACCACCAUCACCCUGGAGAUGAAAGUGUCCGUUGUUGUAAAAAUGGAAAACAGACAGACGACAGCAGUCUUAUGUGUGAGGAGUGAUUGUAAAGAGGGGCCAUAUACCCCCAUCCCUCAGGCCUACAUCUAUGGGGACACAGUUCAGGUGGGCCUGGAUAACCUUGAGCCAUGCAUGUAUGUAUGUGUGGUUACCCAGGCCCUGUUUGUACUACCUGAAACCACAGUCUGGGAGCAUGUUGUUAAAAAGAUUACCUUAGGAGUUUAUGGACCAAAACACAUCCACCCAUCCUUCAAAACUGUGGUGGCCAUGUUUGGCCAUGAAUGUGCUCCAAAGACCCUGUUGGUGAACGAGGUGGGUAAACAGGCACAGUCUGCACCACCAGUUGCUCUGCAGCUUUGGGGCAAACAUCAAUUUGUCCUGUCGAAACCUCAAGACCUCCAUGUUGAGGUUUACUCCAACAUGGCUAACUAUGAGGUAAAAGCCAGUGAGCAGGCCAGAGUGGUCCGGGGCUUCCAGGUUAGAUUAGGCAAAGUCAGCAGGCUGAUCUACAUGAUUUCCACUCGGAAUGCUGAAGAUGUUUCAGAUUUCACUCUAAGAAUCCAAGUGAAAGAUGACCAAGAUUGUAUCCUUGCUCAGUUUUGUGUCCAAACACCAACACCGCCACCUAAAGCAGGUCCAAAGACAUCAGUGCAGCGGCGAUUCCUGAAGAAGAAGGAGUUAGGGAAAAUAGUUUUGUCUCCUCUUGCUGUUGCAACCAAAUACCCUGUUUUCCAGGACAGGAAAAUAAACAACCUAAGGUUUGGGAAAUUAAUCAAAACUGUAAUCAGGCAAAUGAAAAACCAGUACUUGCUUGAAUACAAAAAAGGAGACUUUGUAGCCCUUCUGAGUGAGGAGAUGAUCAAGCUGAAGGGCCAGUUGUGGACAAAAGAGUGGUACAUUGGGUAUUAUCAGGGCAAAAUAGGGCUUGUUCAUGCUAAGAAUGUUCUGAUAGUUGGCAAGAUAAAGCCCACUAAUAUCAGCGGGCCUGAACUUACAACCUCAUUGUUACUGGAGCAAAUACUGAAGCCCUGCAAGUUCCUCACAUACAUCUAUGCCUCAGUAAGAACUAUACUGAUGGAGAACAUCGGCAACUGGCGAGUUUUUGCGGAUGCUCUUGGAUACGUCAACCUGCCCCUGACGCAUUUCUGCCGCACAGAGCUAGACAGUGAGCCAGAGAGGGUGGCGUCGGUCCUGGAGAGGCUAAAGGAAGACUGCAACAAUGCAGAAAGCAAAGAGAGGAAGUCCUUCCAGAAAGAACUCCUGACUGCUUUGCUGAAGAUGGAUUGUCAGGGUCUUGUGGCCAGAAUUGUCAUGGACUUUGUCCUCCUGACCACUGCCGUGGAGGUGGCCGGACGAUGGAGGGACCUAGCCGAGAAGCUGACCAAGAUUUCCCGCCAACAGAUGGACGCCUAUGAGGCACCGCACCGUGACAAGCAUGGCGUAAUGGACAGUGAAGCCAUGUGGAAGCCAGCGUAUGACUUCCUGGUCACGUGGGCUGCUCAGAUCGGUGACAGCUAUAGGGACGUGAUCCAGGAGCUCCACAUGGGCCUGGACAAGAUGAAGAGCCCCGUCACCAAACGCUGGAAGCACCCUACCGGCACGCUAAUCCUGGUCAACUGCCUGGACAUCCUGCGGAGCUCCGCCUUCAGCCCCGCUUCUCAGGAUGACAAUCCCUUCUGAGUUUGAGCUGCACAUCAACUGACUGCUCCUGAAUGCCUGUAUUUUCUGUUCAUUGCCUGGUGGAACCCAAACAGACUUCUCCUAAGGCCUCCCUAGGACACACAUGGAGCUCACUUGAACUAUAGAAAAUAAUAUGUUGCACAUGUAAGUAUUUUUCUACUCUAGUUUUUAGCACAGUCUUUUUGUAGAGCAACACUUUAAAACCUUUGAUUAAGAACAGUGUAUCAAACUGAAGGAUUACUUUUUCAAACUAAAAGACUUUUUGUUAGAUCUGUGUUACAGUCUCACUCUGUUUUUUAUAUGUACAUGAAACCAUAAUGAACUUUUUCUACCAUGGUCCUUCUUACUUCAGACCUCCAGAUAUUCAGCAUCACUCUGUCUUGUUGGCAUUGAAGACGAAAAGAUAUUAAAUCAAGGUUAAUAAAUGAUUUAUUCAUUCAUCACAAGGUUUGACCCUGUUUAAGGACUUUGCUCAAGGUUUUUGACAUGGUUUGUUUUUGUGACUGUGAGUGCACUGAAAUUAUUUUUAACACCUUUUGCAGUUUUCUGUCUUUGUUUGAUUAACUUUGUAAGUUAAUGACUUCUCUUUGUUUGAAGGAGUUGGUAUGGUGGUUGAGGAAGCUCUAUUUUGAGAAUUCAAAUACGUGCUUUAAAAAUGUCCUUUUUUUGUUUAAUUUAAUUCAACAGUUUUAUAGGAUGCUUUUUGAGCAUGUACUAACUAUUUUAUGGGUCAAUCAGAUUUCAGUCCAGAGUUUGACCAGGAUAUGAAGGAAGGGUGAGAUUUAUCUUUCUGCAGUUCUGUAUUAGAUUUUGACCAGAUGAUACAGGAUGUACAACUUACAAAAUGUUUCACCACUGUUUUUAGUGUUUACUGGAGAGAUCCUUUUUUUUUUUAGCAAAUGUAUGGCACAGGUUUGUGGCAUCUUUGUUUAGAAACCUGGAAGGUCACAGGAACUCUGAGGUAAGCAAGGUCUGCAGUGUUUUAGAUUUUGUUCUUUUGUAACUUUGAUGCUCUCAGCAUACUUUUCGUUGGCUGGCCAUGGGCAAACUUUGGUGUAGUGGAGUUUCCUGAGUGACUAUGUCAGUCACCUUAAUCAAAAUUAAUUUAUAUAUUUUUUAAAAAGGACAGAUUAAAUUUUAGCUUUUAAUGAGACAUUGAUGCGACUAAAACCAAAUUUCACUGUGUUAGGGUUAGGGGUUAGGGUUAGGGUUUUAAAUGAACAAGAACAUAACAUAUCUCAGCCUACUACAGCAGUGGUGCUGAAUAAGACUUUAUCCAAAGAUGCAGCUUAAUCACUGUUCUGCACAGUGUGUUUAGUAUUGUUCAUAAUUAUUGUACAACAUUCUUGUACAUUCAGUCGCAACAUUCUUUAUCCAUUGAUUUACUUUCUUUGAAUCUUUGCAUCUGUUCAGCUGACAAAUAGACGCAAACAUUCAAUGCUACAGCCUGCUAUCCACCCUAACAAUUAUUUUGUAAACUAGCUGUUGGCAUUUUCUCCUCUCCUUUACAAGCAGACAUUGUUUUUGGUGAAAAUUAAGACUUUCAAAAACAUGGAAGGUGAUACAAAAACCUGCUAGCCAAAAAAUGUUGCCAUGUGUUGGGAAGUUAAAAAAUUAAUGUUACAUAAAAAACAUGUCUUAGCCAUAAUCAGAAUGCUUUCAUGAAUGUUUUACCUUUUGGGUAAUGUUGCCUUUGUUACCAAUUGCUGGCCCUUUAUUUCUUAUAUUUUGUUCUUAAAGUGUGUAUUUUUUUCAAUAACAAAUGUAAUAAAGAUUUCAAAAAUACAACAUUUUUCAGAAGCACACUAAAGGGAAAUGAAUCUACUUUAUGCAUAUUUGGAUUGGUCCAUCUGUCAUUAACACUUGCUGCCACAGUUGUACACAAUACAUGAUGUAAAUAACUUUGUUAUUUUGCAAA